AUGCGUGCACCGCAGCACUGGAGAGAUCGCUACCCACAUUCGGAAGGUCGCCAUUCAGCUGAGCAGAACGCUGCUGAAGUGGAGGCAGUGCGGAAUGAGGUGGCAUUCACAAAGGAAUUGGAGGGCCGCAACAUCUUUCGAUCGAGCAGACUGCCGAGAAGCCAUCGGCAUCUGAGACGCACAGGGUCGACUGAUUGGCAAUUCUGGGCAAGGCAAGCCAUCGGUAUAGUCUGA